GUAUCAUGGUCAACCUGUCCAUGAGUAGGAAGUAACAGAUACUACCGGUAUCUGUCUCCCAUAGGUGUGUUGUGCCAGUAUGACCAUAUCAGGAACACGGAAGCCGCGCACCUGUACGCUGACGUCAUACGCUUAAAGUACCUGCAGCAACUCGCCCAGCUGAAGGCAGUCAGUAUCUAUCUACCAGGGAGAGGACAAAGAAGUCACGGCGGGACUUCGCAAAGGAAUUACUACUCCAAACAUUCGCUGUUUUUCUACUUCUACCGUUGCGCGCCACGCAGAAGGACGACGUGCAGACAGAUGGGUUCGCGGUCUGGGGCCCGGCUCGCGGUUUGGGGCAUUUUAAGCGUCGUUUUUCAGGCCUCCGCUUUAGUGCCAACUGAGAAGCCAACAUGUGUAGCUGGAUUCCAGUCGGAUAUGUUGAUUUACCAGGUGGUCAGGAAGCACCUGAGGACGGGCACGAGACUGGGAAAAGUGGGCUUCUCUGACUGCACGGACCGCAGAGUCUUUCCUUUCCACAGCGAUGACAGCCAUUUCACAGUGCAGGCAGACGGCAUGUUGAAGGUAAAAAGGCCGACUGAUAUUCAUCGCCAUCGGGAAUUCACUAUCCAUUCCUGGGACUCACAGGGUCAAAGAAUAAGUGUUCCUGUCCGGGUAGUGCACCAUGGGCAUCGCCACGGGAAACACCACCAUACAGUUGAGCGUCACCAUGGAGAACGCAAACACCACAACCAUCCGCACCACCACACCACAGAGAAUGCAACCGAUCAUCAAGUGCCCGUUUUGCAUUUUCCCAAGUCUGUUGAAGGUCUGAGGAGGAGGAAGAGAGACUGGGUUAUUCCUCCAUUAAGCGUUGCAGAGAAUGACAGAGGACCCUACCCCUUUAAAGUAGCUCAAAUCCGUUCUAGUGAAGAUAAAAUAAAAAAAAUCUUCUACAGCAUCACUGGUCCAGGAGCUAGUGAGGAUCCUAUGGGCCUUUUUACCAUGGACAGAGUCACUGGUAAUCUGUAUAUCACACAACCACUGGAUAGAGAAGUGCAAGCAGCUUACAUGUUUCAAGCACACGCUGUGGCAGAUGGUGCAGGAACUGCUGAAGCACCUAUGGACAUUAUUGUGAAUGUAAUUGACCAGAAUGACAACAAACCAUUUUUUGCUCAAAACACCUUCCUGGGAGAAGUUGCUGAGGCCUCACAAAUCGGUUUCGAGGUGAUUCAGGUUGUGGCCACAGAUCUUGAUGCGCCAAAUAAUGACAACUCCGAUGUCCGCUAUCGUAUUUUGAGCCAGGAUCCAACUUUGCCUUCAGACCAGCUGUUUGUCGUCAACCCGAUCACUGGAGUCAUCAGAGUCAACGCUCGCGGGCUCGACCGAGAGAAAUACCCAAAGUACACUCUGGUGGUUCAAGCAGCAGACAUGAAGGGAGAAGGGUCGACUGGGGAUACAAAAGUCAUCCUCACGGUCACUGAUAGCAACGACAAUGCUCCGGUCUUUACUCAGCCUUCAUAUGAGGCAUCUGUUGAAGAAAAUAAAAUCGACGCUCAUGUCCUUACAUUGUCAGUCACGGAUGGAGAUGAGCCUUUUUCCCCCGCCUGGAAUGCCAGGUUCACAAUUGUCGGUGGUGAUCCUGGAGGACUUUUUACUGUGAAAACAACAGAAAGUAACAAACAACAAGGAAUCAUUUCUACUGCCAAGCCUCUUGACUUUGAGAGAAGCACCAAGCACACUCUUUUGGUUGCAGUGGAGAAUGAGGUUAUUUUUGCUACUCCACUGCCCACUGCCACAGCCACAGUGGUGGUGACUGUGCUGGACGUCAAUGAGGCUCCAAUCUUUAAUCCAAUAGAGAAGAAAGUGUCAACGCGUGAGGACCUCGUGGCGGGCAGUGAUGUCGUGCAGUACACUGCUUCUGACCCAGACACUGCACGCAAACAGAAAGUCAUGUAUAAAAUAAUCAGAGACCCUGCCGGAUGGCUCAAUGUGACCAAAGACACUGGCCUGAUUAAAGUAAAGAGUGUCAUGGAUAGAGAGUCCAGCUUUGUAAAGGACGACAAAUACACGGUACUCAUUGGUGCAUAUGACAAUGAUGAUGUCCCAGCCACAGGAACUGGUACUCUGAUAAUCCAGCUUGAAGAUGUCAAUGACAAUGCACCUGCCAUUGAGGAACGUGCAAUCAAGUUGUGUCACAAGAACUCGGCUCCUCAGCUGCUGUCUGUCACAGAUAAAGACGGACCAGGCUUUGCUGCUCCAUACAGCGUCUCACUACACGGCCUGUCAAAGACCAACUGGACUGCUAGGAUGAACGAGUCCAAGACUGGUAUCCUCCUGAAUUUAGCCACUGUGCUGGACAGUGGAGAGUACACUGUGGUCCUCAGGGUUGCAGACAACCAGGGCCUGGAGCAGGACAGCACUGUCCAGGCCACAGUGUGUGACUGCACUGGUGAAGAAGUGAUCUGCAAGGGGCGUGUGGCAGGGGGCACUGACCUGCCUGUAAUCCUGGGAAUACUGGGAGGUAUUCUGUUACUGCUCAUGCUGGUGUUGCUGCUGCUGCUUUUCGCCAGACGGCGGCGAGGAGAGCAGAAGGUUCCGCUACUGCAAGACGACGACAUCAGAGACAACGUCUACUACUAUGAUGAAGAAGGAGGCGGGGAGGACGAUCAGGAUUAUGAUCUGGGUGUUCUCCACCGUGGUCUUGACAACCGGCCUGAGGUUUUCAGAAAUGACGUAGUUCCAAACUUCAUGCCGGCUCCACAGUAUCGCCCUCGGCCCGCCAACCCAGAGGAAAUUGGUAACUUCAUCGAUGAUAACCUGAAGGCAGCUGACAAUGACCCAACGGCACCCCCCUACGACUCCCUGCUGGUGUUUGACUACGAGGGAGGCGGCUCUGACGCUGGGAGCCUCUCCUCUCUGAACUCAUCGAGCAGCGGAGACCAGGACUACAACUGCCUCAAUGAAUGGGGUCCCCGCUUCAAGAAGCUGGCCGACAUGUACGGAGGAGGGGAGGAUGAUGACAUGCUGUAAAUUUACUCAGGAGAAAGUAAUAUAGAUGGGUGGAUGCCCAUUUUCCUAAUGAUGUUGGCAUGAACUGAUGACUGCGUUCCAGGGAAUGAUAAUGCAGCAAAGCAUCGGUAGGCCCACAGUUUAGUUUUCUUUGUGGUGAUUGAGGUUGGUUGUCAGUUCAGUGAUGGCAGCAGUUAACAGCCCCUGCUCUGAAGCUUUUUUUGUUUGUUUUGUCUGCCCUGCUUUUAGAGCCCUUAUUAGAUGUAGUCUAACGUUGAUUUAUUGUAUUAACUCAUUGAGACGUUGCGCUACAGCAGUCCAAUUAUAGAUGGUUGCGGUUUCACUGGUAACAUUUGUUUUAGCAAUGUAUGAUAUUUUUUAAUUUUUUUUCAUGGUGUUCAGUUUAAGGAAAAUCUAGUAGCCAUCACCCUCAGAGUUGGAAUGAAUGCUUCUUAACUAACCUUGAUAUCAGUUGAGUUCUUAACAUUGUAACUUUAAUUUCUUUUUGCGAAUUACUUGCAAAGGGAAUUCUGUUUUUCAUUUUUAUAAAGUUCUUAGUACAAAAAUGGUUUGUAAAUGUUUUUGAUCAAUCUAGUCAUUUAGAAAAACAAUUGACAUUGCAAAACUGUACGUUAUAACAGGAGUCACGUCCCAAGUACUCAUGGAUUUAGCAUAAUGGACUUGAUGCCGAGAUAGCAGUUUAAUUGAUUCUAGUUUAUGAGGCCUGUAGCUGCCACAAAAGCCUGGGGUCUCGCGGUUGCUUCCUUAAGUUUUCUAUUAUGAAUCUAGUAUGUUCUUUAUUGAUUACUGAAAGUUUAAUCUUAACUGUCCUCUAAGGACCUUUUACAUAAAGUGUUUAAAAAGUUUUAAAAUGG